UCGCGUGUGCGCGCGCGCGUCGAUAUCAGCGGCGACGUGUGAACGCGUACACAUAUAGGUGCGCGCGCGUCGUACCACACACACAUCGACUACUUUUAUCUACCCGACGACUGGUCUCUCGGCCGACUCAGCCUUCGAAGCGCGUUCGCGCGCAGGGCCGGCGGAAGACGAGAUACGAACUAGUGAAAAUUUAUAUAGAAACACGAGUAUAUAUAAUGUUAGUAUUACGUUUAGUUUCGUUCUUCCUAUAUACAUCGUGUUACGCUCCCGAUACCUAAAAUGGCAGUCGCAAAGAGAAAGGGGGAAAUUGAACGAAAUUACGAAAAAAACCGACCUUUUGUUCAUGCUGAAUAAAAAGAACACAGUGCUUUUGUCUGUGCUUAUCGAAGUAUUCUGAGCGCCCACAGUGAUGAAACGUUUGACAUAAGCCGCUACAUUGUUCAACGGAGUUUGCGCUGGGUCUCCCUCAUUGGUCGAAGUUUCCGAUGCAUUGUGCUUGCGCGCUCUUACGAACUGCCUUAACAUUGGAUGAGUAACAUUUUAACGCUAUGAGUAACACGCCGAGUGACGCAACCCCGGCUGAAGUCAGCCCCCCAUUUCGACUUGUAAAGUUGCUGCACGCGUACAUAUAUUUCACUAUACUAUCACGCGGUUCAUGUGUUGCUCUUUAUAUGAUAAUUAAAAAAACAAUAUGUCACAUCAAUUCUACUUCACUGAGGACGUAGAUUGAUCGAAAAUGGCGGAGUGACUCGUCCCGAAAGCCAUUCCCAUAAACAUUACUUACACUUAACUAAGAUUUAAGUCGGUCUUUUUCUGAGCGCCCCUCUCUUAAACAUUCACACUUCCUGGAUAAAACGCGCUACAGGUGUUGUGUGUUACUUCAAUAACACGCGGAUCGGCCGAGUGAACUUUGAUUUUUAGUAGACUCCGCCAUUGAGGGCACGUAAGAAAUGUCUAAAAAUACAUAUACCGUUGCAAAGAUCCCUCUUAUAUCGUGAACGAACGCACUCGUCGCGCUCGAAAGGGUUGAACCCGGCAUGUUGACGCGACGUUCUAGGCGCGACAACUCCUAUCGUCGGCACUGUCGCGCGAGUUACUUGGAUAGCUUCGGCGCGGCAAACAUUACCUCAUCACCCGGCAGAGCCACCGUGAACCUUCUCCACUUGGGAUUUUACCGCCGUCACUACCUUUCGGUGCGUUCGAUUUCCGCCGAGCUUCUUUUCUAACGCGUAGCGUAUUCGACCAGGAUCGCUGGCCAAUCCUAUCGGCGCCAACGCCGAUCAUUAACCGUUCUCGUUAUUUGGCAAGUCUGAGCGAGAGUUCGUGGAAGACCGACUGUAUUUUGAUCUCGCACAUAAGGUCGCUUUUUGCCGCUCGUGGAUGCCGAUCUCCUCCUUGAGACAGUCGCGGAUUUACUCGACUCGACGAAUCACGCCCGGUUUCGAUUCCUGCUUCAGAAUAGUCAAUUAUUUACAAGUGGCGUAGACUCACCUAUCUCUCUCGUCAUCGACCACCGGUCGGAUGCGCCGCGAAGCUCCUCCACUUCUAGCUCGUAACCCACAUUCGUCGAUCGCUUCGUCGAGAUCCAUACGCGACGAAUUCUCUUAGCUGCGCGAUCUCUCUCCCUCCAUUUUUCCUUCCGCCUGUAUACUUCUCGAGGAUUUAUAUGGUUAUCGAAGUCUCGCGGCGCACCGGUUACCUCAUAUUCGUCUGCAGCCCGAGCUACGAUAAAACUUCCCCGGGUUGUUCCCUAUGUUUUCGUUAUUCUUCCCUCGCUCGCUUGACGCCUGUUGCGUCGCGAAGAAUCCGCGUCGUUUUAUCACUCGAUGUCAAACUUGCCGCGCGCGCGUCACAGAAUUCAUGACUUUCUUUAUGUUUAGGUACGAGUCAAGUAUGUAUCUCUGACUUGGCGAGAGUAACGUACAGACAUCUACGAAACUGUCUGAGAUAUCAAAAGACGGUCGAAUACCGUGGGCAAAAAUUGCAAGUGUGCGCUACAUACAUGAAUAUCGCAUGAAGUGCGUCAGUCGACUGUAAUCUAUACGUCGAAGAAUCAACGGUCGAAUGGAGACGCGUCGCGAACUUCGAUCACCCCCGUAACCGAGGGUGCCCCGCAUCGAACGAGAUGCAACUCACGAGGACUUGGCGAGCGGAAAAGGAGCGACGGGGCGUGGCGCCUCUCGGCUCUGAUUUAUAGCCAGUUAAGAACCGCAUAUUAUCACCACGUACAACUCUAAUCCUUCCCAGUGUAUUUCCCUCCCUUCCUCAUUGUCCUCUCUAACCACCCCUGACUCUCUUUCACACUGGUCACCCUCUCCUUUCUCUCCUCUUCGUCCCUCCCUCGCCCUUCUCUCCCUAACCAUCUUACCUCUCACCGUCUCUUUCUCCCGCGCUUCGCUCCGAUCUCUCGCCUCCUUUCUCCGUCGCUCCUCUUGUUCCCGUUCUCUUGUCGAUUCAACAAGUGCCCGGUCACGCUUCGCAAAUAUUGCACGUAAGAGGAGGAGACGCCGAGAUUACGACCGCAUCCGUCCGUUCGCCGCGAGUUCUGCCGAAAUUUCCCAGUACUCCCCUCCGAUCCAGAUUGAUAAACGACGGUAAACUUGGAUCAGUCGACGAAAUCGUUAUAACGUACAUCUCCGAUUUUGCAAACCUAUCUUACUCGAUAUACGUACGGGAUUCACUUUCACAGAGAGAGAGAGAGAGAUGUAUGUAACGGAGACACCGUAUCAAACUUCGUGUUGAUUCUUGCCAACCUGAAAUUUGUACUUGUAUGGUAUAAUUUCGAUAUGAUAAGUGCUCCUACGGCGCAAUCUACCGGCGAUAAAUGCGCGGAGUAAAAUAAAAAUAUGCCAACGUAAGCCGGUAUCACUGGAGUUACAUGUACGACGAUAAGUGAAUUAUGUCAAGCGGGCACGCGGGGUCAUUUUGUCAUGAAGUGUAUCGAAGCGGCGUAAAUACUGUUCGAUUGAAAUUCGAAGAACCGUUCUAUCCGUUGUUCGUCUCGCUUUCUCAAAACUAUCGCGUCGUAUUCACUGGUCGAAAAUCUUCGUAGACGAGGAUUCCGGCUGUAACGUCGCUUUUGGUUCGGAAAAAAAGAAAAGGGGCGAGAGAAGGCGAGAUGAGAUCCACCGUAUAGUUUUCCUCUAUCACGAUUCCACGAACGUUCCUCGGAGCUUGACCGGUUGACCACGUCGCGUUGGAAGGAGAAUCUCCGCGAGCGAGUCAUAUUCCAAGUAGGCCGGCCAGCGGAUGUACGCGGUCGCAAGAGAGCAAGCCGUUGCCGCUAGAGACACUCAGCCCAGGGACGUAGCUAUCGUGAACGUCGCUGAUAGAAACGGUCAAAAGUCCGAGCGAGCCGGCCGCUAUCUUGACUGAAAAAAGUCGUUUUUAAACAAGCGGAAAGUUUACUCCGCCGAAAACAGUCGACGCGCAUGAUCGCGCGAUGGAGAUCAACGUCAGUGAGGAAGGGGUCGAUCGAAAUUUCUUACUGCGAAUAAAGCUCGGCGAGAAUGCAGGACAUGUUUGCAGAAGCGUAUCACAUUGGUCGGAGCAAGUCCUCUCGUUGUUCACCACACGCUCGGUCGUGAGCUCGCGCUAUCAGCGUUGCUCGAGGCGGCGUGGUAGUGACGCGCGGAAGCCGAGUUCGAUGGAAACGCGGUGACGUCUGUUCCCCUGCGAGCGAAUCCUAUUAGAUCGCCUCUCUCGCACGAAAUUCCGUACGAAAUGUUCGCGCGUUUAUUUCCCAUAAACCCCCGCGGGGUUGCGAAUCUCCCUCUUUCUCUUUUAGCCUAUGUGAAAAUUAAUGAAACUUAACGUUGCGCGACACGUGGUGUAACGCUCGCUUUUAUCAGCUUGCGCGCUGGUGAAAAGACAUACUACGUCAACAGCUCGCAACUUUUCAAAACAGAAAGAUGCUACAUCACCGGUCGGCGCAUAAAAGCGAACCUCGAGAUCGUCAGGGGACACCGUUCGGGUGGUUAUCAACUUUUUUAAAGCUGCGUGAAAAGACUACGCGCGUAUUUUCCGUGAAAGACCUAGGAAAUUUUGCAAGCAGAGAGAGAACGUUCGAAAUAUACAGGAAUCGCGUCUGCGACUAUUUCUAACGCAAAUUCAUGAAAGUUGCGCAAAUUACCGAAGUUUCGGUAAGUGGCAAUUCGCUCGAAAGUCGGCUCAAAGACGUUAAUCGACUUCACUAACGAGAUUAAUCGCACGAUUAUGAAGAGGAUCCUACGUUACGUCCUUUUCUUUAGAGUUUCGAAUUUCACGCGGACACCUCCUGUGUUUUGUCAAGAGGCGAGUUUCGUCGUCGUCGUCACCCUUUCGACCGACCUUGCCAGCAGCGUAGCUUGUCACUUUUUCCCAGUACCCGCCAGUGGUCCCACCCUCUCUCCCGCCUACCCUUUUUCCGUGAAAUCAAACGUCAUGUGGAGGCCACGUGGACUCAGCCGGCGGACGAACGUGUCGCUGGUGACAUCUCACGGCAUCUCCGGGCACAACCGAGCGCACGAGUGGCGAUACACCGUUUGUCCCCUCUCUUUCUCACGCUCGCGCGUUCUUGCUCGCGCCAACGGAGAAACGCGAGUCUCUCCGUCUCCCGAGGUGAGCAAGGGCUGGAGGGAGGAACGAUUAUUUACUUACUUUCACUCGCGCGACCUCGUACGCGCGUAAAUCAUCCACGGCUGCGUGGGUACUGUGCUUUCGUAGGGUCGCGAUACGCCCUACCACGGCGAUCGACGGUGAAACUUGGAAAAAUUACAACCCAAUGCAUCGCCUCUGAAACUUCCAUCGCGCGUGAUUUUCCUAAUGAACAAGUCGGAUGUUAAUAGUCGUUAUUUGUCUCAUUGGAAUGUCUAAGUUUUUCAGCCGAAAUAUCGUUUACAGAUAUACUGUUAAAUAUAUCGAUACGACUGGAAAACUCGGAUUUAACAAUAAAUUGAAGUGAAAACUGAGUAUCUCACAGGUGACAACUAUUAAUCCUGUGACGUUUCGCUAUGAUUGUUUCGUUGCCCGAUGGUCUCAGAGGGAGGGCUAGCAAAUGGUAUUGUUCCUUUUUUUUUCUCGCUUAACUCUCUCCAUUUGACGAGAUUUUUAUUUGGAUCUUGUUAAUACGAUGGGUUCGUUAAAAAAUAAAACGAAGGUCUUAUCUCGAGAGAGAGAAAUGAAGUGUAAUUUUUCUUGUUUGCGAGUUUCUCUAUCACGAAUGAUAAGGCAGCGGGGUAACGUUUUACAAGAUACUGCUGGAAGUCUGCGGUCGAGCUCGCUCGCAGCGAUCGUCCGCGUUCCGCUGAUGAUUUCUUCCAGGCGGCGUGACGUCACUUUUUCAUCGUUCCAUCGGAGUGCCAAGCGUCACGUACGCUCUUUCGCCUCUGAGUGUCGCGAAACAAAGCUCGAUGUUAUUGCAUUAACACCGUCGUAUUCAUGAGAAAACGGGCCCCCUUAAAACAGCCCGAAGGCAGUCAGUUGCAAUCGUGCGAAAUCAGUUGUGCAAUGAUGGGUCUGCAGGCGACGGCAGGAAAACGCAAAUUGGAGGGAGGUGUUGGCUGCAUGGAAUUCCACAUGGACAUAGGCGAGAGUCCGUCGAAGGUCGGACGCGUGGAGGGUAGCUGGUGGGCGAUGGACGACGGUUGUUACGGGCCGCCCCAGACGUCGACGUAUUACGAGAUGGAGGUAAACUCUCCGUGUCUACAGGCGAAUCCAUGCCAGCCUACGUCGACGAGUUCCUCUCAGCAGCAGUCGCAACAUCACCCAACUUCCCAGUCGGCGCAACAGCAAUCGUCGAGCCCGUCCACGGUGACGCAUCACCACGCGCAACAUUACUAUCACCACCAACGUGGCACCGUUAGUCCCAUCGGUAGCAACGGUUACAGCCAGCUGUCGAGAUCUCAGCCCCCUCAAUGGGGCGCUCUUCACCACUACGAGCCGCCGACGAUACGUCGCGAGGAGAACGGCAAGAGCUACCUGGAACUAGGCUCGAGUUAUCGCGUGAACGAGCGAUGCUGCGAAGGAUCCAAGUCUAGCUGGUGUCGGCGUGGCCGGGCCUGUUACCGGCAGCGGCGGCUCGCCGUGCUCAACAUCUCGAUGUGCAAGCUCGCCAGGUACCGGCAGUUCCCGGAUCCGAGCCUGCACCGGUCGGUCCUGAUCUGCAACACCCUGAGACACCUCGAGCGCGAAAUGGAGAGGGACCGCAGUCCACCGCCCAUGGAGCCGGUCGUUCCGGUGCCCAUCGCGCAGUUGCAACCGCCCGAGCAGGGCAGGCUAACGCCUUUCCCGGUGCCGCCAACGUCGUCCGGGGAAACGGACGUCGACUCCGGCAUCGGCGACAGCGACGACAGCCGAUCGAUCAAUUGGGGUAGCGUGCUCUCCCUGUCCAGCCAGUCGCCGCUCGAUCCGCUCAACAACAACGAAUUACUCGACGUGGACAUAGGGCCCGAUCUCGACUUGGACUUUAUGCCCGGCUGGAAGCUGACUCCCCUUCAGGCGGACGACAUCCUGAGGACAACCCAGGAGCAGCAUCACCACCACCACCAUCACCAUCACCAUCAUCACCACCAUCAGCAUCACCACCACCAGCAGCAGCAGCAGCAUCUAAUGGGCAGCAGCUGCGGCAGCAGUUGCGGCAACAGCAACGUCGGUAGCGCCGGCGUCAGUAGCGGUAGCAGCAGUAGUACGCACGAGUCGUUGAUGUGCGUGGGAUCAUAGCCCUCGACCUUGACGUCGUUGAGUCACCUGAUCGAUUUCUAUCCGCUGACGCCGCAGGGCAAGUAGACUCCGCGAAGACGCGGGUGAAAGAGAGAGACGACGAUGGUGCGGUGUGCUCGGCCGGCGACUCUCGAGGAGUCUCUGUUUUGCGUUAAUUUAUUGUCAAUUAUGUACAUCCGCGUAGAUCACACACACACACACACACACACACACACACGUACCGACCUUCUGUGACACUUGCGUUCUUCCUUCGCUCCUCUUAUCACCGCUACCACCGCUAGUACUCUAACCCUAAUUACCCCUAUUGUUACCACUAUUUCUACUAUUACUAUCGCCCGCGACUACUUAUUACUAUCGUUACCGUUACUUCUAUCGCUACUAUUACUACUAUUAUUACUAUUACUAAUACUACUACGAUUACUACUACUACUACCGCUAUCGCUAAUCAACGUGUCUCCCGUAUUUGCUCCCCGAGGGACGGACGCGAGGGAGGGACACGCGGCGUUUCGCAGGUGCAGUCGAGAUUGAGUAUUCUUAACGAACGGGGAGAGAAAAGAAGAGAGGGGAAUGGACCGUCAGCGAACCGACAGGUGCGUGUUGGACGAUCCUCCCAGCAGAAAUUCGGGCGUGCAACGAGAUAAAGGAGAGCUCCAUCUUCGCCGCCGCGUGAAAUUUCGGCCGAGAUGGGUCGCUGCGAAAUUCGGGAAGAAUCGAUCGAACCGGCAGCACGCGGGAAUACUCCGAUGAUCAUCGGCCGAUCGCGCCUAUUUGAGGUAACGUCGAGUUAGCCGCAAGUCUAUGCGCGAAAAGAGGUAUCCGGAAGAAUCGGUAGAAGAGAGCGGGAAAAUUGGCUCGAUUCUCGCGUCGAAUGCUACCUUUCCAGGACUGAAGGACGACGUGAGCCAUGUUUCACAGCUCGCUCUGCGGAAUCUUCCCCCUCUCGCACCCCGACGUUGCUCGAGAAGGCCGACCUUUUUUUCACGCUACCGACACUUCGCGAGUUCAGGAAGAAUGCGAGCGAUUAACAAUAAGGCAUAUCGCGCGUAUGGAUACCAACACACGUAAGCAUACACAACCGCCGUGGCCUAUAUUAUACGCACGGAGAGACACGCAAGUCGUACAGGCCGGCUGUUCUCCUUUUUAGACACACACACACACACACACACACAACAUAUAUGCAAACACAGAGCUAAAUUCGCACGGAUCGCUCGCAGCGUCCGUCGCUCGGGGUCGUCGUGACGCGUCCUGCCGUCGUAAGCGUGACACGAUGUAAGUCGGCGUCCCGGAAACUUCUUCCGGCCGCACCACCUUCGGCUAGCGUGAAUUCUACUUCGCUGUCUCGCCUCAAAUCUCGGGGUCACGUGUGUUUAACAAGAUCCGAGGAGAAAUAUCACGAGGAGGAAGGUGCCUCUUUAUUUAGAAUUGAUCAGAUCCCGCAUCGUUAAAGCAUAAAGCAUACUCGAUCAUUUUUGUGUGUCGUCAGACCCCGAUUGAGGAGGCGAAACAGUGUAGACAGGAACGAACAGAGAAUUUCUGAUCCAGAGCAGGGUGACCUCAGGUUGUUGGUGCGAUCGUUUGCGAGCGAGAGAGAUUGUGUGUGUGUAUGUAUAAAAAAGAGAGAAAGAGGAAAACAGGACUUAAACAGUUGUGUUAGAAAUACAAUUUGGACUGUGUGAUAACACGUUUUAACCGGCGAGCGUAGCGCGCGAUAAGCACAUCGCGCUCAAAUCAGGGAUUAUUUUCAUACAGCGAUUGUACGAAAGAUCAUAUUCUCGAGUAAUUUUGUCCACCUUGAUUUGUAACGCUGUAUACUUAUACAGAUAUAAAAGUACAAAUGAUUACGAUACACUUCUUGUUUUAACACAAUUGCUCGUGCGAACGCUCGCUGGUUAAUGACGUCGAUUUGCAGCUCGAGGGAAUUAUGUGUUUCAGCAAAUAAUGAUAAUUACUCAGAAUUAUUUCGACAUUUCCUUGUUUUCAGACUGCGCGAAAAGCGUAUAUCGUACGUUACUAAUCGCAAGUCAAAAUGUGGGAAUUAAACAUGCAAAAUAGUCCAUCAAACUCCUACGCAACUGGUUAACCCUAAAAUGCAUGACAUGGGCCAAUGUGACCCAACCACUGUUUUAAAUUGACCUUCCCGCGUAAGAGAUGUCUUGCUAUUCACAAAGAAAAUAUCUCUUGCGGCCGACUAAUGUUGCGCGUGAAAAUUGUGAUAAUAAUGGAGCAGAUGAAUAGGUCUUCGCGAAAUUUGUUCCGCAAGAAUGCAUUUUUUGAAGUCACUUUUAUCGGAGAAAAGUGUGAAAAAGCAAGAUCACGAGCAAGGAUAAAUCUCAAUUGCGAAGAGGGUACUACUGACCGUGUCAUGCGUUCAUUAGUGUGUACGAGGUGACACACCCCACGGAGACGCCGACGCGUGGAUAUCUCGUGUCUCGACGUGCGACGUCGACAAAUGUACCUGCAUUUUAGAGAUCGGGGUAACGUCCUCCCCUACGGAUCGUCGCACGGUGGCCACUGCGCGCCACUGAUCUCCCACUAAAUGUAUCAUAUGUACACAUAUAAAUAAAGUGGCCGGCGUGCGUGCGCGUGAAGGAGAGGCGGGAACGCUCGAGAGUUAAGGUGUCGAUUUUUAAGCACGACCCCGGACGCAUCUUCGCGUGGAUCCGUGCGCGAUCUCGCCCUCAACGUCCACGAAUCCAUUCAAGAGCAGCUAUACUUAAAGAAGAAAAAGAAGAAAAAAGCUAAACGAUUUAAGAAAGUCUAACGUUACGAAGAGAUAUAAUAACUUAUCGACUCGACUGAUUACUUAAACAAGAAAGAGAGAGAGAGAAAGUGAACGAGUAAACGGACGAAUGUGUGCGCGCAUGAAAGAAGAAGAAAGAGUGAGUGUAUAAAAAAGAAAAUAUUGUAACUAUAUCAUGAUACACAUAUAUAUAUAUAUAUAUAGAGAGUUGAUCUAAACUGUAAUUAUAUAUGAUGUUCUCUCUUUCACGGUGACACGGACACGCAAUACAUACAUGAACACACUCGAUAUACAAACGUACGCGAGAUAUAUUAGGUAUUUGUUGUAAAUAUAUACAUAUAUAUACAUAUACACACACGUUACUUACUAAGUCUAGAAUCUUAAGCAUAAACGCGAAUCGUCGAGAAAGAAGAAACCCUUCACCUUCAUCCCUUCCCGAGUCGCGUCCUGCCUCGCGUUCCAUUUUCUACUUUGUAUUAUACUACAUUACGAUCGGCACACCUCCUCUCACACGCCCUCCCCUUCUCCUGCCCGGACGCUUCCUUCUCUCGUCGACCUCCACCUCUUCCUCCUCUCGCGAUAAUGCUCCCCCUUUCUCCGCGCGAUUUCUCCGCGGAAACGACGAGCAAUAUUACUUUUAACAAGCGCGCGCGGAAAAUUUAGGGAAAAAGAGCAUAUGUACAAAUCGACGCACGACCGUGCACGAGUGUCAAUCGCGUCGGAGAGCAAAUGCAAAAAGUAUCAGCGGCGAUUGAAGAAUCACUGACUCCCUUUCGACUGGGAGAGCGGAAUCCACAGGAUGUCCUGGUUGCGCGCUUUCUCGCGGGAUCUUCUCGCAGAACGCAAUUUUUCGUUAACUCGGCGCUGCUCACGAAAUUUGAACGUCGCGUGAAUUUAAUCGGCGAGCCGCUCUUGAAAUUCGACCGAGUCUAUUCGAAACGAAGAAUCUAUGUCAGCACUCGCCGAUUCCAAAGUUACGUUUGCACGAGAAAGUCGGGAGAGAGAGAGAGAGAGCACGAUGCGUGACGGACAUCCUGCGGAACGAGAAGGGAGAGCCGGAAGCGAGUCGCGUUUCUAAUCCGUUUCACCCUCCGGUUAUAUUGUACGCUGAAGGGAGAAUUCAGCGUGUGUCCGAUUGCUCCGCGGAAGAACACUUCACAGCCGAAACUUCAUCAACCGCUGUGAAACGAUUGUUUAACGGACGUGAGAUUGCUCGCUGUGUCCCUCCGCGGAGCAGUCGCGUUGUUCUUCCACGAUGUUAUUGAAUCUUGUAGUCGCGCGUGUUCGUUUCUGACCCCUAUUCUACUCCGGCCGAGUGUAGCAGACAGGUGUGUACGCGGAAGAUACGUGAGUCAGCCCUGCGUUAUUUGCGUAUCUUCGUCCCGAAUACAGAGCUCAAAGUAUAUUCUUAAAGAAAGAAAGAAAAUAGAGAGAAGAAAGCAUCGAAGGGGUGACAUCAAGGGCCGUGCUGGUGGCGACCGCCAUCUUGGAUUCACGCACAAACGACAGCGAUCGCCGCCGUCGGCCACACGAACGUAGGCGAAUUCGGUCGAAGAAUAACCGCCAAAGUUUUCCCUCGCAAACACAUUUUCUGCUAUGCGCGCGACAAUUAUUUAAGAUUGCGGCAAUUAUAGGCAAUAAUGAGAAUUCACGGUUCCGCCGGAAGAAGUUCGCCUACGUUUACGACUUCCUUCCCAGACGGCGGGAAGUGUCCGUCGUAAAAGACGUCUGUCUCUCCCGCGACGAUCAGCUUCCGCGCGAAGUGCGAGCGAGCGCCGCCGGCAUCGGUGCGCCAAGUUUUUCAGGCUGACGGACGCGCGUAUCUCGUGAAGUGCCUAAAAACCGCCGAAAGAGAAAGUUACGGCUGUUAAGCGCGACAGCAAGGUCGCGAACGCGCGCGAGUUUUCGGCACGCAUAAUACCGGUGACACCACACUAACGAUUGUAACGCGUUUUUCUUUACAUCCUUUCCCUUUCUUUUUUUCACGGGAUGGAGGCGUACUGUAAAUAAUAUAAAUAGCGCGAAGAUACGUUUAAGCGAAAUAAAGAGGAUAUAAUAAGUCUAAUACGAGAAAAAUAUAUAUAUAUAUAAAUAAGAUAUUAUAUAUAUUAUAUAUAUAUAUAUAUUAAAGAAAACACAGAGCGCAUAUAAAAUGCAUACGCGUGAGAGCGCGUAUGCGUAUAUAUGUGUAUAGGAUUGUAUGUGUACAUAUAUACAUACAUAGAUAUGUAUAUACACACGUACAAUUGU